UCUCUCUCUGCACCACACGCAUCGCGCUCUCUCCCUCUAUCUCUCUCUCCAUCUUUCCAGAGCUUUCAUUUCAUAUUAAGAUUCAAAAUCUCAUCAAUUUCGCUCUCUCCGCAGCUUCAAUUUCCUGCUGCAGCAUCUCUCUCUACGGUUUUAUCUUCUUCAUUGCUUCAGCUUCCUCUGCGACUCUUGACUAUACACAGCUGAAGAUUUGCAAGGAAUUCGAAACAGAGAAGAAGUUGUCUCUAUCUCUGUUCGAAAUCCUCUUUCUUUGAAAAGAGUUCAUUUCGCUAGAAGAUGUGAAGAGAUCACAUAGUUAGUCAGGUGGAAUGGACAGUUCAGAGAUAUAGAUUCUGGGAAUUCAUCAUUCCUAAAAUUAAAGAGAUUCUGAAUUUUUUCGGUGCUGUGCAAAUUUUUGGAAUUCAAUCAUCCUGAAUUGGUUGGUGAGGAUUUAGGUUGCUGCAAUGGCUGACAUUUUGAGUGCUGUGUUGGCGAGGUUACAGAUGCUAUCCACUUCUGAUCAUGCCUCCGUGGUCUCUAUGAACCUGUUUGUUGCGCUUCUCUGUGCUUGUAUCGUUAUUGGACAUCUUCUGGAGGAGAACCGAUGGAUGAAUGAGUCAAUCACUGCCCUAUUGAUUGGUCUUUGUACUGGAGUUGUUAUUUUGCUCGUUAGUGGAGGGAAAAGCUCUCAUCUUUUGGUUUUCAGUGAAGAUCUCUUUUUCAUAUAUCUGCUGCCUCCAAUUAUAUUCAAUGCGGGGUUUCAAGUGAAAAAGAAGCAGUUUUUUCGUAACUUCAUCACCAUCAUGCUGUUUGGUGCUAUUGGUACAUUGAUAUCCUGUAGUAUCAUCUCGGCAGGUGUUAUACAGUUCUUCAAAUUGAUGGAUAUUGGUUCGCUGGAUCUAGGAGAUUAUCUAGCAAUCGGUGCAAUAUUUGCUGCGACGGAUUCUGUUUGCACAUUGCAGGUGCUUAAUCAAGACGAGACACCUUUACUCUACAGUCUGGUUUUUGGGGAGGGUGUUGUAAAUGAUGCUACAUCAGUGGUGCUUUUCAAUGCUAUCCAGAGCUUUGACCUCAGUCAUAUUAAUACCGAAAGUGCACUGCAGCUCAUUGGAAACUUUUUCUAUUUAUUUAUCACCAGCACUAUGCUAGGAGCCAUAGCUGGGCUGCUUAGUGCUUUCAUUAUCAAGAAGCUGUACUUUGGCAGGCACUCAACAGAUCGCGAGGUUGCUCUUAUGAUGCUUAUGGCAUACCUUUCAUAUAUGCUGGCAGAACUCUUUUAUCUGAGUGGUAUUCUCACCGUAUUUUUCUGUGGGAUUGUCAUGUCCCAUUAUACCUGGCACAAUGUGACAGAGAGUUCAAGAAUCACUACAAAGCAUGCCUUCGCGACUUCAUCAUUUGUUGCUGAGAUAUUUAUCUUCGUCUAUGUUGGUAUGGAUGCCUUGGACAUUGAGAAGUGGAGAUUUGUUAGUGAUAGCCCUGGAACUUCAGUUGCAGUGAGUUCAGUUUUACUAGCUCUGGUUAUGGCUGGAAGAGCAGCUUUUGUCUUCCCCCUAUCCUUUUUAUCGAACUUGACGAAGAAGUCACCAAAUGACAAAAUUGACCUCAAGCAACAGGUUGUUAUAUGGUGGGCUGGUCUAAUGAGAGGUGCUGUGUCUAUGGCGCUUGCUUACAAUCAGUUCACUCGGUCAGGGCACACACAAUUGCGAGCAAAUGCAAUCAUGAUCACCAGCACCAUUACUGUUGUUCUUUUCAGCACAAUGGUUUUUGGGUUGUUGACGAAACCUCUUAUAAGGUUCUUACUGCCUCAUCCAAAGCAUACUGGUAUGGUAUUGUCAGAUCCAUCUACUCCAAAAUCAUUCAUAGUACCACUCCUUGAAGGUGGGCAGGAGUCCGUGGACUCACUUGCAGAUUUUGGUGGGGGUAACGUUACCCGUCCAAGCAGUUUGCGUGCCCUCCUGACCACCCCAGCACACACAGUUCAUUAUUACUGGCGUAAGUUUGACAAUGCCUUCAUGCGUCCAGUAUUUGGGGGCCGGGGUUUUGUUCCAUUUGUUCCCGGUUCUCCAACAGAACGCGAAAACACUCAAUGGGAAUGA